GAGGGCUGUGGCGCGAAGGCGAUGCCAGGAGUAACCAAGUACAAUCUCGUGGACGAUGCGCACGACCUGAGGAUCCCCAUGCACAACGAGGAGGUCUUCAAGCAUGGGGUCUGCUUCGAGGCGAAGUACAUCGGCAGUCUGGAAGUGGGUCGUCCGGGCAGCCGGAUGGAGAUCGUCGCCGCAAUGAGGAGAAUCAGGUAUGAAUUCAAGCUGAAGAACAUAAAGAAGAAGAAGGUGAACAUCGUCGUGUCGACUGACUGCGUCAAAGUCAUUCUGCGCAAAAAGAAGAAGAGAAAAGGAUGGUCCUGGGACGAAAACGCCGUCUUGGUGACUCAGGAUCCCAUUUACAGGAUCUUUUACGUCUCGCAUGACGCACAAGACCUGAAGAUCUUCAGUUACAUUGCCAGAGACGGGCAGACCAACCUUUUCCGCUGCAACGUGUUCAAGUCCAAGAGGAAGUCCCAGGCCAUGAGGAUUGUGCGAACGGUGGGUCAGGCUUUUGAUGUGUGCCACCAGCUGACCCUGCAGACAAAGAGCGACGAGCAGGAGGACGAGGAGGGGAAGGCGGAGGAGCUGGAGGCAGCGCCAGCAAAGAAGAGGUUUGCACUGUCAGAGGAGACGGACCUGGAGGCCACGACGGAGGAGAGCAUAGAGUGUGUCUCCUCAUCAGACCUGGAGAAGAACAAGAAGGACGAGGCCGUCGGCAGCGACGGGAAGGUCUGCGGUAAUCCGUCCCUCCUGCUGGGCUCUCCGGUCCGGGCGUCGGUGUCGGGUCCGUCUGCAGCAGAGGCGUCCUGCUCUGCGGAGCACCAGGUCCAGCUGCUGCAGAAACAGCUGCAGCAGCAGGAACAGCAGGCGCUGGCGGCCUCGGCACAGGUGCACGUGCUUCAGGAGCAGCUGUCGGUGGAGGUGUGCGCCCGGACCGAGGCCCAGGCUCGAGUGCAGAGGCUGCUGCAGCAGAACACCGACCUGCUGCAGCACAUCUCGCUGCUCGUCAAGCAGAUCCAGGAGCUGGAGCUGAAGGCUGCCGGCCAGCUGACCUCCAUGGGCUCCCAGGACAGCCUUCUGGAGAUCACGUUCCGUGCCAAGCCGCCCGGCGCGUCCCGCGAGCAGCUCACCCCGUCCUCGUCCGCCGCCGCUCCGUCCCAGCUGCAGCUCGGCGACGCCGCCUGGGUCUCCGCCCUGCCGGGGCCCCGCUCCCCCGGCGCCGCCGGCUCCGACAGCGUCCCCCUGGGGGUCAGCGGCAGCGGGGUCCGGCUGGAGUGCUUCCGCUUCUCGUCGCGGGCGCCGGAGGGCCGGGACGCCGGCGAGACGCCCAGCGACGGCGUCCCGGACGACGGCUCGCCGCUGGGCGAGCAAGUCCUGGGGGCCCUGGAGCUGCUCCGCUUCAGGGAGUCGGGCAUCGGGUCGGAGUACGAGUCCAACACGGACGAGAGCGACGACCGGGACAGCUGGGGCCAGGGGGAGGGCGUGGCGGCCGACGGCGCCGCCCGGCUCGUCAAUGUCCUGAAUGCAGAGAGUCUCCCGGACUGCCUCGGCGAUGAGAUGGCCGUUUAG